UGUUGCGCGGUUAUUAUCACUAUCACCUCGCAUACACAACUCGAUACUGACGUAACAUCGGCAAGGUAAAUUCCAGUCAGUUAUCCCCGUCAAACCGCCUAUAAAAUGAUCCGGUUCAAUGCCCUGCUAAGGAGCUCUCUGUCCUCCAAUGUGCUGCGCAGCCAGGUGCGACUCCUUCACGUUGGCGAGGCGAACAUUCUGCCCAGCGAGAUCGACAAACAGUCCGCCGAGUACAAGGAAAAUGCCAGAGAAAUGGGAAAGCUGGUCGAGGAGCUGCGCAGCUACACCAGCAAGGUGCUGUCUGGGGGUGGGCAGAAGGCGAUAGAACGACACACCUCGCGGGGGAAACUACUGGCCAGGGAUCGCAUCAAUCUGCUGCUGGACAAGGGAUCAUCUUUUCUUGAGUUGAGCGCUCUGGCAGGACACGAAUUGUAUGGCGAGGAAGUGGUUAAUUCUGGCGGUAUUGUAACUGGAGUGGGGCGAGUUUGUGGUACGGACUGCGUGGUAGUCGCCAACGAUGCCACAGUUAAGGGCGGAAGCUACUAUCCCAUCACGGUGAAGAAACAUCUUCGUGCCCAGGAGAUCGCUCUCGAAAAUCGCUUGCCCUGCAUUUACCUCGUGGACUCGGGUGGUGCCAAUCUCCCCCGCCAGGCAGCAGUUUUUCCCGACAAGCUUCACUUUGGACGUAUAUUCUAUAAUCAGGCAACCAUGUCGGCCCAGGGAAUUCCACAGAUCGCCGUUGUCAUGGGCAGCUGCACGGCUGGAGGAGCCUACGUACCAGCUAUGGCCGAUGAGAGCGUCAUAGUUAAGAAGCAGGGAACAAUUUUCUUGGCUGGUCCGCCGCUGGUAAAGGCAGCCACUGGAGAGGAGGUGUCCGCCGAGGAUCUUGGAGGAGCGGAUCUGCACUGCAAAACCUCGGGCGUGACGGACCAUUAUGCCGUUGAUGACGAGCAUGCCUUGUAUCUUGCCCGCCAGAUUGUGAGCAACCUAAAUUUGCCCGGCACCAACUCCUACAAUGACCAAUUGGUGCACUCCAGUCAAGCAAACUUCCGAGAUGCUAAUCCGACAUUGGCUGUGGAAGCGCCGCGUUACGAUCCUCGUGAGCUGUACGGCAUUGUCGGCCCCAAUCUGACCAAGAGUUUUGACGUGCGCGAGGUUAUUGCCCGCAUUGUCGACGGAAGUCGCUUUACGGAGUUUAAGAAGCUGUAUGGGGAGACGUUGGUGUGUGGCUUUGCGAAGCUCUACGGUCACACCGUGGGAAUAGUGGGGAAUAACGGAGUUCUCUUCUCUGAAAGUGCCCUCAAAGGCGCCCACUUUAUUCAGCUGUGUGCGCAGCGAAAGAUUCCCCUGGUCUUUCUGCAAAACAUUACGGGUUUCAUGGUCGGGCGCGACGCGGAGGCCAAUGGAAUCGCCAAGAACGGAGCGAAAAUGGUUACCGCAGUGGCCUGUGCAAAUGUGCCAAAGUUCACCGUUAUUAUUGGUGGAUCUUACGGCGCCGGCAACUAUGGAAUGUGUGGACGUGCCUAUUCGCCGCGGUUCCUGUACAUGUGGCCAAACUCGCGCAUUUCCGUUAUGGGCGGUGCCCAGGCGGCCAAUGUUCUUGCCCAGAUCACGCAGGAUCAGCGGAAGCGAGCCGGCAAGGAGUUUAGUGAGGAGGAGGCGCAGAAGCUGAAGGCUCCUAUCGUAGAGAUGUUCGAGUCAGAAGGCUCACCGUACUACAGUACGGCUCGCCUUUGGGAUGAUGGAAUUAUCGAUCCUGCCAACACACGCCAGGUCUUGGGCCUGAGCCUGAAAGCAGCCCUGAACAACGGAGGGCAAGACACCAAGUUUGGAGUUUUCCGCAUGUAAAUCUGAUUUCCAUGCCAUGGCAUACAAACUCGGGGAGCAGGUGCAUUUACAGGCAUUUAAUGCCAGAUUUUAUGUCGAAACUGUUGCAUUUAUUAGUUUUAAGUAAAAUAUUUACUGAAUAAUGUUCAACUGAGUGUAAAGUUAU